AUGACGGUGACCUACACGGCGCGCGUGGCGAAUGCUCGGUUCUGUGGCUUCUCCAAGCUGCUGCUGGCGUGGAGGGGGAGCAUCUACAAGGUUCUCUACAAGGAGGUGCUCGCCUUCUUCGCCAUGUACUCUGCCAUCAGCAUCACCUACCGUUUCUUCCUUGAGGAGGACCAGAGGCGUUCAUUUGAGAAGCUCUCCAUCUACUGCAACCACUACGCCAGCCUCAUCCCCAUGUCCUUCGUAUUAGGUUUCUACGUGACUCUGAUCGUUAACCGUUGGUGGAGUCAGUACCGCAGCAUCCCUCUGCCUGACCGGCUGAUGUGCGUGUUGUCGGGGGGGCUGGCGGGUGCUGAUGAGAGGGGCCGGUUGCUAAGACGCACGCUGAUGAGGUACGCCAGCCUGUCGGGACUACUGAUACUCAGGAGCGUCAGCACAGCCGUCUUCAAGCGCUUCCCCACUGUCGACCACGUGGUGGAGGCAGGCUUCAUGACUCGUGAGGAGCGUAAGCGCUUUGAAAGUCUCCAGUCUCCGUAUAAUAAGUAUUGGAUCCCCUGCGUCUGGUUUGCCAAUCUGGUCGCCAUGGCACGCUGCGAGGGACGAAUCAGAGACGAUUGUACCCUCAAACUCAUCCUUGAGGAGCUGAAUGAUUUCCGGGGGAAGUGUAGCCUGCUCUUCCACUACGACAUGGUCAGCGUGCCUUUAGUCUACACACAGGUGGUGACCCUGGCGGUUUACAGCUUCUUCUUGGUGUGUCUGAUUGGUCGUCAGUUCCUUGACCCCGCCCAGGGCUACCCGGGUCACGACCUUGACCUCUACGUGCCCAUAUUCACCCUCUUACAGUUCUUCUUCUAUGCAGGAUGGCUCAAGGUGGCCGAGGAGUUGAUUAAUCCUUUCGGUGAGGACGAUGACGACUUUGAGACCAACUGGCUGAUCGACAGAAACUUCCAGGUGUCGAUGAUGGCAGUAGAUGAGAUGUUCAGUGAGGUCCCCCUGCUGGAGAGAGAUCGCUACUGGAACGAUUCGAACCCAAGGCCGCCCUACACAGCCGCCACGCUCUUUACCCUACGCAAACCCUCCUUUCAGGGAUCCACAUUCGACAUGACCAUCCCGAAGGAGGAGAUGCAUUUCCAGCCGCUGGAGGAGAUCGCCGAGAGCCGAUUGGAAGGUGGCCGCUUGGGGGGCGGAGUCAGAACUCCCAACAUGCCACUCAUCAACCGGUUGCUGAGCAACGCGCCCUCCCCGAAUGCCCUCAUUGGAGGAGGAGGUCUGAUGAGGCGCACGUCCGCACAGCUUCAGCGAAUCACGCGGCCCUACGGCAGCCCAGAGCCCGCCUACUCUGAUGAGGAAGAAGAGGAGGAGGAAGAGUCACAAGUGGCCAGCAGUAGCCCCAGCAUCACCAUGGCAACGGCAGAUAGAGACGAGGAAGAGGAAGGGGAGGGGCAUAAGGAGGAAAUGGCGGGGCCUGGAGCGAGAGAGGAUAUGGUUGUCACGUCGACAAGGGGAGGAACUUCAGUGCCUCUGCUGCUGCCCCCUCCUGGCGGCCCGGCGGUACUGCGACGACUGAGACUGAGACCACGCCCCCUCUCCACGACCUCGGCCAAUGAGAACCACCGCUCCACGCCAGACUUCCUCUCCUUCCAGCCAAUCAGCACGAGACCACAGGGCGUCAAUCCGCUGGCUAAGCCAAUCAGAGCUGGUGGAAUGUCACUGCUAAACGUUCCGUCUCUCGAACCUGCACCCUCUCCCGCACCUCCCGCUGUAUCCCUGGGCAACAUCACCAUGGAGACGCAGCCCUGGGUGACUGGCGAGGAGGAGGGGCCAGAAGCGACCACUAAUCAAGAGGAAAUGCGCUCACGCAGCGUCAGCGUUGGCUCUUCCCACCCGGAGGGCGUCGCCCUGUAAGACUA